UCAGUUAGGAGUACCCAAGGGACAACAGGUCCUGAUUAGCUGUUUGGAUUCAAGCUCUGGAAAGAAAUCAGCUCUAGGCCUGAAGGGCAUUUGUCAGGAAGUGGUGCACCUGGGCCAUAUUAUUUUUAAAAAGUGAAGAAAUGGAAUCUGCAAAUUACACCAAAGUGACAGAAUUUGUUCUCACUGGCCUAUCCCAGACUCGAGAGGUACAACUAGUCCUAUUUGUUAUAUUUCUAUCCUUCUAUUUGUUCAUCCUUCCAGGAAAUAUUCUUAUUAUUUGCACCAUCAGGCUUGACCCUCAGUUGACCUCACCCAUGUAUUUCCUGUUGGCUAAUCUGGCCUUCCUUGACAUUUGGUACUCCUCCAUCACAGCCCCUAAGAUGCUUGUCGACUUCUUUGUGGAAAGGAAGAGAAUUUCCUUUGGUGGUUGUAUUGCACAGCUCUUUUUCUUGCACUUUGUUGGAGCCUCAGAGAUGUUUCUUCUUACAGUAAUGGCCUUUGACCGCUAUGCUGCUAUCUGCCGUCCUCUCCACUAUGCUACUAUCAUGAAUCGACGUCUUUGCAGUAUCCUGGUGGCUCUCUCCUGGUUGGGGGGCUUUAUUCAUUCUAUAAUACAAGUGGCUCUCAUUGUUCGACUUCCCUUCUGUGGACCCAAUGAGUUAGACAGUUACUUCUGUGACAUCACGCAAGUUGUCCGGAUUGCCUGUGCCAACACCUUCCCAGAGGAAUUAGUGAUGAUUUUUAGCAGUGGUCUGAUCUCUGUGGUAUGUUUCAUUGCUCUCUUAAUGUCCUAUGCCUUCCUCCUGGCCAUGCUUAAGAAACAUUCAGGCUCAGGUGAGAGUACCAGCCGGGCCAUGUCCACCUGCUAUUCCCACAUCACCAUUGUGGUGUUUAUGUUUGGACCAUCCAUCUAUAUUUAUGCUCGCCCAUUUGACUCCUUUUCCCUAGAUAAAGUGGUGUCUGUGUUCCAUACUGUGAUAUUCCCUUUACUUAAUCCCAUUAUCUAUACCCUGAGGAAUAAGGAAGUAAAGACAGCCAUGAGGAAGUUGGUCAACAGAUACAUUUUAUGUAAAGAGAAGUGA